CUACUGAUAUACACUCAAAAAAAGCAUACUUGCACCCUCGCAUACCUCCUCUCCUUCACCUCAUUUCUCCUAUCACUUCACCCCUUCGGUUAUUGUUGCCAAUGCUAGUCAAGUUCGGAUUUGUUGCUGCUCUGGCACUUGGUGUGUUGGCCAAGCAGGCGCCUACCGACAGCAGUGCUGCUGUUGUUGAAAUGGUUGAGCCCGGAAAGGCUGGCAUGCCAGACUCGCGGAUUCGCGUAGCACUCGAUGACGAAAACGAGGACCUCUUCAAGAAGCACCGCAAGAAGAAGAACUCUGGUGGCGGCGGUGGUGGUGGCUACUCGUCGGCCCCACCAAGCGGUGGUUACUCGUCGGCUCCGCCAAGUGGUGGUUACUCAUCGGCUCCGCCAAGCGGUGGCUACUCGUCGGCUCCGCCAAGCGGUGGUUACUCGUCGGCUCCGCCAAGCGGUGGCUACUCGUCGGCCCCGCCAAGCGGUGGUUACUCGUCAGCCCCGCCAAGCGGUGGUUACUCGUCAGCCCCAUCAUCUCCCCCUCCUCCUUCAGGGUAUGGCUCCUCUCCGGCUCCGGCUCCAGCUCCAGCCCCUGCCCCUGCCCCUGCCCCCGCCCCUGCUCCUGCUUAUGGUUCUUCUGCUCCCUCUCCUAGUGGUUAUACAGCUUCUGCCCCUGCUCCGGCUCCGGCUCCGGCUCAGGCUCCGGCUCAGGCUCCUUCAUACGGUGCUCCUGCUCCAGCGUCAUAUGGCGCCCCAGCCCAAGCCCCUGCUCCGGCUCCGGCUCCAGCUCAGGCUCCUUCGUACGGCGCUCCUGCUCCAGCGUCAUAUGGCGCCCCAGCCCAAGCCCCUGCUCCGGCUCAGGCUCCGGCUCAGGCUCCGGCCCAGGCUCCUUCGUACGGUGCUCCCGCUCCAGCGUCAUACGGUGCCCCAGCCCAAGCCCAUGCACCUGCACCUGCACCUGCACCUGCACCGGCUCAGGCUCCUUCGUACGGUGCUCCUGCUCCAGCGUCAUAUGGCGCCCCAGCCCAAGCCCCUGCUCAGGCUCCGGCCCAGGCUCCUUCGUACGGUGCUCCCGCUCCAGCGUCAUACGGUGCCCCAGCCCAAGCCCCUGCUCCUGCUCCUGCUCCUGCUCCUGCUCCUGCUCCUGCUCCUGCUCCUGCUCCAGCAUCAUACGGCGCCCCAGCCCAAGCCCCUGCUCAGGCUCCGGCUCCGGCUCCGGCUCCAGCUCAGUCAUAUGGCGCUCCGGCCCCAGCGUCAUAUGGUGCUCCUGCUCCGGCUCCUGCCCCUGCACCAGCUCAGUCAUACGGUGCUCCUCCCCCGGCUCAGUCGUACGGUGCUCCGAGUGCUAACGAUGGCUCAGGUAGCUACGGCAGAAAGUAGGUCAAAUAGUACAUUCUCAAUGGCUAUUGAUCAUAUUGAUUCCUACUCAACAUUAC